UUACUUCAGCAGUAUAGCAAGAAUAUAAUAUGGCUAUGAGUAAGAUCUUACCUCUUCUUGUCUAUCUCGUGAGCUUAGCCCUUGCGCAUCCUUCCCACGCCCAAAACUCACAACAAGACUACCUCAACGCUCACAAUGCAGCUCGUUCACAGGUGACUGUAGCAAAUAUUAUAUGGGACAACACGGUAGCAGCCUAUGCUCUAAACUAUGCCAAUUCCAGGAUCAGCGAUUGCAACCUUGUGCAUUCUAACGGCCCUUAUGGUGAGAACCUAGCCAAGGGAAGUGGCUCUUUCACAGGUACUGCAGCAGUGAACUUGUGGGUGGCAGAGAAGCCUUACUAUGACUAUGCAUCCAAUUCUUGUGUUGGAGGGCAAUGCUUGCACUACACUCAAGUCGUUUGGCGCAAUUCAGUUCGUGUAGGGUGUGCCAGGGUCAAAUGCACCAAUGGCUGGUGGUUUGUUUCUUGUAACUAUGAUCCCCCGGGCAACUAUAUUGGGGAACGCCCUUACUAAGGAAUCCUCGAGUUGCCUCAAAAUGCUACUAUUAAGAGAAUGUAGCCACAAAGAAAAAAACAAAUCAAAUACUUGAACGGUAUGAAUUAGUAAUAGGAAAUAAUAAUGUCUUUGAUGAGUGAACACUGAUCUCACUCUAGUCACGACUACAUCUUUCAAUUGCUACACCACAUUCUCGCUGUAUAUUUUGUUUCCUUCCAAGGUACUAGUGCUGUUUUAAUUGAAUAAACAUGAAUUAUAACCA